ACACACACACACACACACACACACACACACACACACACACACACACACACACACACACACACACUGAACUAAGCGCACAGUGUUGCGCGCGCGCGCUGAGAGGAAUACGCGUCUCUCUCUCUCUCGCGCAGUGAUCAGUCUCGCGCCCAUCUGCUCCGUACGUUUCCUCGCGGAUGAAUGAGUGAUGAGAGCGGGUCCGGCUCUGCUUCACGGGAGACCGACAGUUCGAGAGGAGACACGACAGUGAAUGAACCGAACCGAACCGUUCGUGUGAGCGCGAGACACUCGCGGGCGGGACACCGGAGCGAUGGAUGAGCGCGCGCCAGGCAACACAGAUGUCCUGUGGAGUGAUGACCACACCCUCCGUGACCUCUAUCCGACUCUACCAGCUUGACUCGCCUUUGACAUUAAAACUGUAGAACGUUAAACACUUGCACGCCACUGAUUUAUAUUCCAAUUCACUGGCAUCCUCUCGGUUUACUGGUCCUCCUCUCCAUGGCCAGCUUUCUGAGUUCUGUGCUCUUCCUGGUGCUCCAGACGUACGCCGCCCCACCAGAGUACAUCCAGGUGUGGCCCAGCGGGACGCAGCCGAGCCCAGGAGAGGUUGACAAUGAGACUGUCACCCCUUCUCUGAUUCCCCCUCCAGGAACUAGCAAGCACACUCCACACAGCAUCAUCAUCGGCGUCCGGAAAGGAGGCACUAGAGCGCUGCUGGAGAUGCUGGAUAUUCAUCCUGAAGUGGCAGCUGCCGCCACCGAGGUUCACUUCUUCGAUUGGGAUGAGAACUACGCCAAAGGAUUUGAGUGGUACCGGGAGCAGAUGCCGUACUCGUACCCUCAUCAGAUCACCGUGGAGAAGACGCCGGGGUACUUCACAUCUCCGUUGGCGCCUGCACGGAUACACGCCAUGAACUCUUCCAUCAAACUCCUGUUGAUCUUGAGGAACCCAACGGAAAGAGUCAUCUCGGACUACACGCAGGUCUACUUCAACCGUCUGGAGAACCACAAGCCUGUGCAGGCCAUCGAGCACAUGCUGGUAAAGAAUGGCGCGUUAAACACUCGCUACAAGGCGAUCCAGCGCAGUCUUUACGACGUCCACAUGAGGAACUGGCUCCAACACUUUCCCCUGGAGCAGAUUCACAUUGUGGAUGGGGACACUCUGAUUCGUGACCCUCUACCGGAGCUCCAGAGGGUCGAACGGUUCCUGGAUCUGCCACCUCGGAUCGUGGCGUCCAACUUCUACUUCAACCAGACCAAAGGCUUCUACUGCAUCCGCAGUGACGGCCAGGAGAGAUGCCUGCAUGAGUCUAAAGGACGUCCGCACCCUCCCGUCAACCGCAGUGUGCUGCGACAACUGCGCUCGUACUUGCGACAACACAAUCGGAACUUCUACCGACUUAUAGGACGUACCUUUAACUGGCACUAGAGGAAGGAACCUUUGUCGAACUCGCUUCUCCACCAGUCCAGUCCAGCUCAAAGGCUGAUUGACAGUGAUGUUGAGGACAAUUACAGAUGGAUGCAUCUUCAAGCUAUUCCUCAUUGACACUUCUCUUAAAUGCUUUCGAGCUGCUCCAGAGUCUUCAGAACUUAUAAUUGUAACAAUUAAGAUGAUGUUAAAACAAUGACAGUGGUGGGAAAGAUCUUUGGCGUUACCUGAGACAGUGUGUGACAAAAUGGUUGAACAUUGAAUAUUUUGUUUUCUUUUUCUCUCUGU